CAUUACUUUUCACAUAACAAGUUAGUGUUGGUUUGUGGACAAAGUGCAAACGCCACGAGAGGGCUGAGCGAGCACUUACAUCUUGGGCCAACCCGGCCUCGGCGUGGCAGAGCCUCUUUACAACCUUAAUACUAAAUUCAAGCGAAGCUCACGUAGCCACUAGAAGGAGCUGAGCUGCAGCGGCUUGCGCGGAGUGUAGCCGGGCCAAAUCGUUUUUCUGCAGCUAGCUAGCGGCCGGCGAGGAUGUUCAAGACGGGUGAUGAAUGGCGUCGCCAGAAGGAGCUGGAGGAGGCCCGAAAGGCCGGUCUGGCUCCAGCGGAAGUGGAUGAGAACGGCAAGGAGAUUAACCCUCAUAUUCCCCAGUAUAUGGCCACGGCGCCCUGGUACCUGAACUCCGACAAGCCGACGCUGAAGCAUCAGCGUAACUGGAACGAUAAGGGUGGGGACUCAGACAAGUGGUACGACCGCGGCGCUAAGGUCUACCAGGCGACAAAGUGGCGCAAGGGCGCCUGCGAAAACUGCGGCGCCAUGUCGCACAAGACCAAGGACUGCCUGGAGCGGCCGCGCGGCAAGGGCGCCAAGUACACCAACAAGAAUAUUGCGGCGGACGAGAAGGUGGAGGACAUCAAGCUGGUGGGCUUCGAGUCCAAGCGCGACCGCUGGAAUGGCUACGACGCGCAGGACUAUUCGCGCAUCAUGGACCGCUUCGAGCAGCUGGAGGAGAUGCGCAAGGAGAUCCGCAAGAAGGAGGAGCUGGACAAAAUCCACAAGGGCGAGAAGGGCGCCAAGGAGGAUGAGGUGGCGGAGGCGGGAGAGGAGGGCGGCGCCGCGGAGGAGGACGACGAGACCAAGAUCAAGGACGAUGAGGAGGCCGGCUUCGGUGAGGUGAAGAAGCGUGUGCGCACCACCGCGGGUGGCAGCACUGGCUCGGUGCGCAACCUGCGCAUUCGUGAGGACAUCGCCAAGUACCUGCUCAACCUGGACGUCAACUCCGCACACUACGACCCCAAGUCACGCUCCAUGCGCGAGGACCCGCAGCCCGACAAGCCCGCCGCGGAGAAGCUGUUCCACGGAGACAACUUCGUGCGCAGCGGCGGCGAGUACUCGGCGUGGCAGAGCCUCACCGUGCACUCCAUCAACGCGCACGAGAAGGGCCUGGACGUGCACAUGCAGGCCAACCCCUCGCUGGCCGAGAUGCUGUACAAGCAGUUCAAGGAGAAGAAGGAGCAACUGGAUGGCAAGGACAAGGAGGACGUUGUGGCCAAGUACGGCAGCGCCGCCGCACCCGUGCCCGAGGACGUCAAGGCGCUGGCGGCCAGCGAGCGCUACGUCGAGUACGACCGCACGGGGCGGGUGGUCAAGGGCGUGGAGGUCAAGGCCAAGAGCCGCUACGAGGAGGACGUGCUCAUCAACAACCACACGUGCGUGUGGGGCUCCUGGUGGCGCGACGGGCAGUGGGGCUUCGCCUGCUGCCACUCCACGGUCAAGAACAGCUACUGCACGGGCAAGGCGGGUGAGAGCGCGGCGGCGCAGGUGGACGCGGCCAUGCUUGCCAACAUGGAGGCGGCGGCGCGCGAGAAGGAGGCGGCGGACCUCAAGAAGCGCCAGGAGUCCAAGCUCAACGACUACAAGGGCUACAACACGGACGUGUGGGGCAGUGAGGGGCCGGACAAGGACCUGGACCCCAAGAAGGUGGACGCGGCGAUGAAGAAGCUGGAGGAGCGCGAGAAGGCCGCCAUGGAGGGCGACAAGUCCAAGCGCAAGUACAACAGCCUGGAGGGGGCGGGCGGCGAGCACGUGACGCCGGAGGAGAUGGAGGCCUACCGCAUCAAGAAGAGCCGCGGGGAUGACCCUGUGGCAAAGGGCGCGGGCACUGACGGAUACGACCUCUUGUAGGGGUCUGCUGCGAGGGCCGCCUGGACUGGAUUGAUUUAGAUUGAUGCAGACGGGAUGGGGAUCAGACGGGAUGGGGCACGCUCUUACCUCAAGUUUGAGAGGGCGGCAUGGGGCAUGUGCUGGUAAGUAUGGGUAGGGUAGGGCGCUGUGCAAGCGGUGGCGGUAGUGUGGUGGACAGAUUGCACCGGUGGCGAGGCGGGUUACAGGCAGUCACUCCGCUGGUAGGGUGUGUGCCCACAACCUGUACAGUACAGCGACUAAAAUUAGGUGCCUGGCAAGAGGUUGAAAUGAAGCUGGGCUGUCUUUUGAGGUGGGGGCUUGGUGGGACUGGCUUGACAGCUGACGACAUGGUUGCAGUCAGGCUGCGGCGACGCAGGCACUAGCGUGUUUGGACUGGACACGGUUGGUUGACACCGUGGCCAUGCUGCUUUGGCGUGCGCCCACGCACACAAACUCAACAACAAUAAGGAACUCAAUUUUGUGCAGGUCGGAUGUCUGGAUGUCUGUGUUGUGUGGUGACGUAUGUGGACUGGCUCAGACUGACUUCGAGGGACGUGGGCUGGCACUGGGUGGAGGCACGGGCCAUGGGUGUGAUGGGCUCUGGGCCUGCACGCUUGCUGUUGUUGUUGUACGUGGUUACAAGGUAAUUCACGCAACGCGCUUUCCUGCCCUUGUCGAAAUCGACUGCGGCCUGCCCCGAGGGCCGGAGAAGGCGGGUUCAGGCGGGUUAUGAUGGAACAUGGCAAGGGGCAGGAAAGCGUAGUCCCGAUGUUCAGGCGGGUUCAGGCGGGUUAGGUGGGACGUGAGGCUAGAUAGCAUGUGCACGUAUGAAGCCGUGGUUAGGGCGGUGAGGGAUGCACCAGGCGUGUCCUGAUGAAUUCUGAUUUCUGAUACAUUUGUGGGAGUCAAGAGGAGACAAUGCAAGCGUGCAGGCGCGUGCAAGCAAGCAGACAUGGAGCCCC